AUGACAACCAAGGCUUCAGCACAAACCUUGGAGAAAGAUGAAGUCCAGGAGCAAAAUAUCGAGGACACGCACGUUCGUGCCCAGCUUGCUGCUCAAUCCAUUGCGUUCGAGAAAAGCCUGACCUUCUGGCAAGCCCUGACCCUUUACUGGCGGUCUUCCUUAUGGGUCUUGUACGGAUUGCUGCUCGCUUUCAACUAUGGCAUGGAUGGAAUCAUCGCCGGCUACCAAGUCUCGGUACCCAAGUUUCGGGAAGACUACGGGACACCCUACCCGACCGGCACCGGCGUGUACUACAUCAUCCCGGGCAGGUGGCUUUCCAUCUUCAGCGGUGUCUCGCAAGCAUGCGGCAUUUUGGGAUCCAUCCUCGCCGGAUGGCUUGCCGACAAGAUCGGUCGGAGAUAUGCCAAUGCCAUCUCGUGUGUCAUAUCGUUGGCCGGAGUCUGCGUGCAAUAUUGGUCCAAGGGCUCCCUAGGUGUUCUCUGCGUGGGCAAAGCAAUCAACGGCAUUCCCUGUGGCAUGUGGCUUGUCUUGAGUCCAUUGUAUGCCUCGGAGGUGUCAUGUCUCCGCCUCCGGGGUGUGCUGAGCGCCCUGACCAAUACCAUCCUCUUGGCUGGCGUGUUCCUCUUCACGGGAGUCAUGUAUCAUCUCGGCGCACUCCCAUACCGGUCUUCAUACAUGAUUCCCUUUGCGUGCCAAUGGAUCGUGCCAGGCAUCGUGUUGUUGACGUUCUGGUUCUGGCCAGAAUCUCCGGUCUGGCUGGCCAGGAUGGGCAAGCGAGAAGCUGCCAUCAAGAGUCUCGACAGACUACAUGGUCGCCAUAGCAAGAUCGACAAGACGGCGCUCCUGGCGCAGAUCGAAGAGACUUUGGACAUGGAGAGAACGAUGAACAGCCGAAGCGCACAAGAUAGUAACAGUUAUUUGGAAGCCUUCUCGAAAUCUCAUCGACGCCGGACAGUGAUCGUCAUGUUCGUGUAUUGUUGUCAGUAUCUAUCCGGAAAUACCUUUGUCAUCGGCUAUCAGGCGUAUUUCUAUCAACUCAUCGGGUAUUCGACGCAAAAGUCUCUUCUUCUCGGAUUGCUUCACACCAGUUUCCUGUUUGUCACCAACAUAAUCGCUUGGUGUGUCAUCGCCAAAGUUCGACGGAGGCCCCUGAUUGUGUGGGGACAAUUUCUCGCGGCCAUUUGCCUCUUUCUUAUCGGUGGACUGUCCGUCGUCGGGACCCCCGCGGCGUACCGUGGAGUUGUCGGGCUGAUGUUCAUCUGGGGAUUCUUGUACGAGAUCUCCCUGGCGACAGUGGGAUGGACCGUCGGAAGCGAGAUACCGGCGCUCCGCAUGCGAUCUCGCACCCAAGGUCUGGGGAACGUGGUUUUGAGCUUCACGAGUUGGGUGACGGCCUUCAUAUUCCCAUACGUGUUCAAUCCCGACACGGGCAAUCUCGUCGGUAAAGUCGGCUUCGUCUUUGGAGGCACCACCUUCAUCGGCUUUGUCGGUACCUUUUUCUUGUUACCGGAGGGAAGGGACCGAACUGCAGCGGAAAUGGAUAUUCUGUUUGAGAGGAAGACGCCCACGAGGGAGUUCCACACCGCCACCGUGACCGUGACCGAAGACACAUUCCGGGGGGGAUCAGGCGAACAAGAAAUGCCUAUAAAAGCUUGA